UUUAACGAGUUGACAGUGAGUGACAGUGAGUUGACAGGAACAACAAAUAAGAAAACACUGCAAUGUGCGAGUUGCAACGCUAAUUAAUUUUUCCGUUAACUAAAUAAACUAUAGUUAAAAAAGCAGUGAUUUAAAAAUGCUAAAACUCAACUCGUCCGACUCCGAGUUGGAGUUUACAUCAAAAAAGAAAACUGCUCACCCUCCUAAUCUUGGCAAGAACAAGAAGAAAGGGAAAUCCAAGGCAAAACCAAAGUCGAAAAAUCAAGGCGAAUCGAAUCAAGGUCUUCAAGAACCCAUCAGCACAGUCCCCACUACCACCACCACGACUACUACUGCUGACAGUACAGUAAAGGUCGAAGACACCGAUAAACCCAGUACUAGGCACCAGAUGGGCAGCAGUUUCGAAAACAAUACGGAGAAAUUGGAUAUAUCUUCGUCAUCAACAUCUGAAGAGGAGAGUGAUUCUUCAGACGAAGAGUUUUUAGGGAGACGUGCUAUCGGAAUUGAUCCAACCGAGUUGGAAAAUUUUGAUGGAACUUCCGCCCCCGUGAAUGGCUCUCAAUACUUAAUGAUGGUCAUGAACGAGAGAGGAAACACGCCGAAAGUCGCAGUGAGCAGUAUCGCUAAGAACAAAACGAAGAAGGGGCUCAAACUCAGUGCAAAUUAUGUAGAAAAGUUUAAAGAGGGAUGUGCCGAUGGUAAUUUGGAGGCUAAGGAAUUUAUGUCUAGUUUUUCUCCGACAACGGAAUGGAGAGAUACCAACGUACGAGAAUUUUCGUUACUGCGAUGCAAAGUGGAACGGUGGAGGGAAUUGUUGCAAAAAAGGGUGACACGAUUGAAAGCUGAUUCCAUUAAACUACCCGAAAUUGGAAACAAAGUCGUCUGGCUAAAAUUUUGCUUUGGAAUCAAAUUCGAAGAACUCGUCGAGUCCAGAAAGGGUGGAGCCUCCAAUCUCUCCGUCCAUAAAAUUGUGGAAGAUUACUUUACCGACUUCAAAAAACAUACUAGCCGACCCGGUUCCAUCAUCACGCUCCCAUCCCCUCCUGAUCCAGAAAGUGCCAGUACAAACGAGACCCCACUAAGUCCACGCAGUAUCACGACCAGUGAUGUCACGUCUUCUUCCAGUCCAGAAAAACUACCGAUUUCAGAGGAACACGUCAACAACGACGGAUGUCAGCCUUUAAUGAGUCUCAUGCUCGUCUUGACCCAGCCCCAGAUCGAGAACCUCAUCUACUUCCAGGCCGAUUGGAUAACUCGGUUCGGAUUUGCUAACAAGUGUCAGGGUGAAUGGUUGUACGCCCUUCUGGCUUGCAUCGACAAACCCGUGGACCCAAGCACGAUGGGAGACGUUAGAAAUAUCUGUAAAACUCUGGUCUCACUUCGUAGUCAGUAUUGUGCCAAAUUAAAGCACGCAGGAAUUUUGUUAUGUGAAGGCGACAAUGAUGAAAUUGACAAAUUGUCAGACGAUUUGAAAGAGGUGUCACUUGAGGAGAAAAAUUGGGGAGAACUUGACUCCCAAGCUAGCGAAUAUUUGAACGCACUUAACUUAUUUAUUUACCUGAUUGGGGAUUACUUUUGUCAGAAGGAUUUGGUCGAGGGUUUAUAAAUCGGAUUGUUGUUUAUUUCAAAAUAUGUUAACCAUUAAUGUAUGAUUAUAUAUUUGAUUUAAGACUACGUUAAAACCAAUCGCUGUUAAUAAAUGAUAUUAUUAUUCACGCACGACUGAAUAAAGACAAAUACAAUUUUUAAUUUGAAAA